AUGCCCCCACCUGCUAUCCCAGCGGCCUCCUCUGUGUCUUCCGCCUCGUCGUCCCGCCCAAGCUUGUCCAUGUCGGACGUCUCGACCGACAGCAUCAACCACCCAGGGCAGAGGGCCGACGAAAGAAUCAAAACACCGCUGCAGGACAUUACGGCACCCAACAGAGAGGAUGUCGACGCCCAGUUUGACUCGCUUCUUGACAUGCUUGAGGUCCCCUCUACGGUCCGUCUCAAGUUUGGCAGCGUUGCAAAGGACGUCAAGCAGUCGAUCCUUGAUUCGUCGUCCCAGUCCAACCCAGCCAUCCUGGCCUCGUUAGGCCUCCCUGUCCCCCAGACACCGGACAAGAAGGUCAAGAAGGCGUCUACGCCGUUCCUGCGCAAGGCCAAGUCGUCAACGUCGCUCGGCCCAGACAGCCCCCAGGCGGCCCGUCGAUCCGGCCCUGUGCCUCCAAAGACACUCAACGUCGAUGGGGACCAGUUUGUCAUUGUCGCUUCCCCCAAGAUUGCUGCGCCUACACCAUCACGCCACCAGGCCCGUGGAUACAGCAUCGACAUUGGAAGACCUGGCAGCAGACCCGUGACGUCUAGACCAAACAGUUUGUUUGCGCCCCCGUCACCGAGCCCCGAGCUUCAGGCGACAGAGGGGCCCGAUGCGUUUGUGCACUGGCUAUCCAGCCACAAGGGCACGGACCUGAGCAUGGAAGUCAACAGGGCAAAGAAGCUUCGCAUGCUACUCCGCCACGAGACGACUGGAUGGGUUGCGACGUUUAUCGAGGCGGGAGGAUACAAGCUCGUCCUGGACCGGCUGCAGGACUUGCUUGAUGUCGAGUGGCGCGAGGAGCAGCACGAUGACCAGAUGCUCUAUGAGCUCCUCAGAUGCGUCAAGGCGCUCACGACGUCGGAUGUCGGCAAGGCCGCGAUCCGUGCCGCACACCCUCGUCCCUUCCCUGCACUGUCUGCUCUGCUGUUCUCUGAGAAGAAGCCUGGUGACAUCCCCUGCCGACUGAUCAUGGUCGAGCUUUUCAUCUUCCACUUUGAGCUCUUCCCCUCUCGGGUAGCCAAAGCUCCUGGAAACAGCACCGUGCGCUUCGAGACGUCGCCUGCCGACGUCGACGUCACCGAGUUUGUUCGCCAGCUGUUGAUGCCCGCCAAGGAGAACAAGGCCGCCGACUAUCACGAGUUUGUGACUGUCGCUCACCGGCCACGUGUAUUCAAGUCUUGGGUGCAGGAGCUGAGUGACAUUUGCCGCGACUACUUCUGGAUCAUGUGCCAUGGCAACAACACACUGUGGAACUUGGACCAGGUUGACGAGAAGGUCGUGGAGCGGCCAGUGGCCCCUGGUGGCGCUACUGGUGGUGUCGAGUUUGAAGCCAUGGGCUAUGUGACCAUGCACUUCCGUCUCCUGAACGACGUCUCAUCCCACCUCGCUGGUGAGGAUGCCAAAGACGCCCAAAAGUUCCACACCGACCUCAUCGCGUCCGGCCUUGACCGCAUCCUUGUGACAAUGCGCAAGGCAUCGACAACAUACUACCCAACUCUCCACCUUGAAAUGGCCCGAUAUGUGGACCACCUCAAGCGCGCUUGUCCCGGCGACAAGAUGCCAUACCUCAUCCACAAGAUGAUCGGAUCACCACCAGAGGAGUUCCGCAAGCACGCCUCGGCCGGCGAGUGGCUCCCGCGCACCCAGUGGAAGUGAGACGCGCCGCCGUACGGGUUGCGCACCUACGACAAUAACGAACCCGACGUACACCAUUCACCCGUGCACCCUGCCACGAACGAUCACCUCUGCCCCCCAUGAUAGACAUACCCC